UACCGUGAGAUACGUUCCCAUAAUAGUCAUUUGUACUCUGUCAGACUACAUAUAUUCACUCGAACUUCACAUGCUCUUCGCCUCAGUACUCCUCCCUCUUUUUCUCCGAAGGUUUUGGAUCCAACUGAAGCUCCUUCCUUCACCGAGAAUCUCCGCAACUGUUUGUUGAUAUCCAAGUUCCUGGGAAUGUGGAAAGAUGUGUUUCGUCGCUGAGGCUACCGGGUUCAGUGCCUGCAAGAUUGUGCCUCAGUCUGAAUCCAUCUCGUUUGUCCUUGAUGGUGACAGGCAUGAACAUAAUGGCACAAUCAAGUUUUGCAGCCAGAAGCACAAUGAUACCAUCUAUCGUCCUUCUCCAGUGUUAAAACGCGACUCUGUUAGACGGCCGGGUUCUUUAUUUAUAAAGAAUCGGGCAUUUUAAAUAUCAUAGACAGAAGGAGAACGAAACCGGUGCUAGCAUAUAGCAGGUUUUCAAAUGGAGACUAAUGGAAACAUAUUGAUGGAGAAAUAUGAAGUUGGGAGAUUGCUAGGACAAGGCACUUUCGCCAAAGUUUACUAUGGUAGGAACCUCAAAACUGGACAGAGUGUGGCCAUCAAGGUAAUUGAUAAGGAAAAAGUAGUAAAGGUUGGGCUUAUUGAUCAGACGAAGCGAGAGAUAUCUAUUAUGAGUAUGGUCAAACACCAAAAUAUAGUGCAGCUCCAUGAAGUAAUGGCCACCAAAACUAAGAUCUACUUCGUGAUGGAAUAUGCCAAAGGGGGGGAGCUUUUUCACAAGGUUGCCAAGGGAAAGUUUAAGGAGGAUAUUGCUCGAAAAUACUUUCAACAAUUGAUUUGUGCUGUUCAUUUUUGCCACAGCCGGGGUGUGUAUCACCGUGAUUUGAAACUGGAAAACCUGUUGCUUGAUGAAAAUGGGAAUCUAAAGGUGUCUGAUUUUGGUUUGAGUGCGCUCUCAGAGUCCAAGCGGCAAGAUGGAUUACUCCACACAACAUGUGGAACCCCGGCAUAUGUUGCUCCUGAGGUUAUUAGCAGAAAAGGUUAUGACGGGGCUAAGGCUGACGUCUGGUCGUGUGGGGUCAUACUAUUUGUUCUACUUGCAGGUUAUCUUCCAUUUUAUGACGCAAAUCUUAUGGAGAUGUAUAGGAAGAUAUCGAGGGCCGAAUAUAAAUGCCCUAAUUGGUUCCCACCUGAAGUUCGAAGACUAUUUAUGAGGAUCCUUGAUCCAAACCCGAACUCUAGGAUUUCCAUAGCCAAAAUUAUGGAAAAAUCCUGGUUCCGAAAAGGUUUGGAUUCCAAAGAUACAGGGACCAGUGCAGGAGAUAUCGAGAAGCGUCCAAUUGACAUUGAUGCUGUUCUGAAACCUUCUGACUGUGAUAACAUUGCCCCAACAAAGCCAGAGUUGGCAAAGCCUACUAAUCUGAACGCAUUUGAUAUCAUAUCUCUCUCCACAGGAUUCGACUUGUCUGGCUUGUUCGUUAGCAAUGAUCAGAAGGACGAAGUUCAGUUCACAUCAACAAAGUCAGCUUCUUUUAUCAUGUCGAAGCUUGAGGAUAUUGCUCGUCUCUUAAGGUUCGAACUUACGAAGAAGGAUCAAGGGUCUAUGAGAAUAGAGGGGUCUAAUGACAGUAGGAACGCAACUUUGUCGGUUGAUGUGACAAUUUUUGAAAUAUCUCCGUCAUUCUAUUUAGUCGAGCUGACAAAGUCCAGUGGCGAUUCCAUAGAUUAUCAGCGCUUGUUGAGACAGAAAAUAAGACCGGCCCUUAGGGAAAUUGUCUGGGCUUGGCAAGGAGAGCAACAACACACAACUAGUUAGAAAGUAUCCGUAGAAAAAGCUGCUGACUUCAACUUCUGCCUAAUCUGUUAGUUCUUGGCGCAUUUCAUUAGAAUUUGCUGUUCCUACCAUUCACUUCGCGUUGUAACUUCUCUGACAGUUUCUUGAAUUUACCUUCGGAGACUAUAUCCUGAGUUAAUUUCUCUUCUUCGUAGUACCAUUUGAAUGGUUUUCAUA